CGGAACAACUAUCACCUGUGUACAGCUUAUCACCAUAUUCUGUCGACAGAAUUGCAUCGCAGGAAGGAGUGAUUUUGGCAUUGUUGGGACCAAAAUGGCUGCCACAACUACAACUACGCAGCCGCCGGCAUGGGCUCCUGGAGGACCCGUGGGUUCCUGUUUUGAUCGCCAAUUGAUGUCGUCAGAGAUGGAUGAUCGCUUUGGUGUACGACGCGUCCGGAAGCAUCGGAAGAGUGUUGAUUACAGCUCUACAAUCGUACCGCUAAUGCAAACGCGGAUGUUUCAGCGCGACAUUAGGGAUGCGAGAAUCCUCCAGCCGACAACUGUUGCAGCCCUCGAUCAACUCCCUCCGGUAGCUUAUCCGAACUGCCCAUCGAUGAGCGUCACGACGAAGUUUGUACGUGCAUCAGCCAACAAAGUCCGGUGCUCGAUCAAUCGCGUAUUAUGGACACCCACCGGCCGGCGGUUGGUUACCGGUUCGCAGAGCGGAGAGUUCACUUUGUGGAACGGGCAGUCGUUCAACUUCGAGAUGAUCUUGCAGGCGCAUGACAACGCCGUGAGGUCGAUGAUUUGGAGUCAUAACGGUAACUGGAUGGUGACGGGCGAUGACGCCGGGUGCAUCAAGUACUGGCAGUCGAAUAUGAACAACGUGAAGGCGAACAAGGUGGCGCACAAGGAAGCAGUGAGGGACCUGAGUUUCGCAAGCACCGAUCUUAAGUUCUGUUCCUGCUCGGACGACCGUCUGGUCAAAGUGUGGGACUUUGCACGAUGCAAAGAAGAACGCAGUCUGUCCGGGCACUUAUGGGACGUGAAGUGUGUCGACUGGCACCCACAGAAGGGGCUGCUCGUUUCCGGGAGCAAAGAUAAUCAGGUGAAACUCUGGGAUGCAAAGACCGGGCAGCAGCUGCGUGAGCUCCAUUGCCACAAGGACACGGUGUUGCAAGUCAAGUGGAACAAGAACGGCAACUGGCUUCUGACGGCUUCGAGGGAUCAACUCAUUAAGCUGUUGGACCUGAGAACGCUGAAGGAGAUCGAGACGUACAAAGGACAUCGCAGGGAAGUGACAUCGUUGGCGUGGCAUCCGAUUCAUGAAGACCUAUUUGUGAGUGGGAGCUACGAUGGAGCCAUCAUGCACUGGCUGGUGGGGCACGAGGAGCCACAGGCGGAGGCGCCAAAUGCACAUGAAAGUGGUAUCUGGGACUUGGCGUGGCAUCCGGCGGGCCAUGUCCUGUGCAGUGGGAGUAACGAUCACACCACCAAAUUCUGGUGUAGAAGUCGGCCGGGGGAGGGCUCACGCGACAGCAAACACAACUCCUUUCAACGGCACCUGACAGAGCAAAUGCCUUGUAGAUCUGGCGGGGAUGGAGGGACUGAUGCACUGGGAAGUGGGGGCAUACUUGGCAGGCCAGACUCUCCCGACAGUGGUGCAGCGAUUCCUGGAGUUGGAAUGGCGGUUCAGGUGCAGGCACCUGCAGACCCUAUGCUUCAAGAAGAAGAACAAGGAGGAGAAGACGAAGAAACCGUGGAAGCACUAUUGACAACACAGGACCCAGUUGAAGCAGAGGAGGAGAUGCUACCGCAAGUUGGUCAGAAGAGGCCUCUGUCAGCUGUAAAAGAGGAGAGUAAUCCUGAUCCAGGGUCGACACCUGCUGAGGAUGAGCCACCACAGUCUCGCCCUCGUACGUCAGGGCCACAGCCUCAGCAGGAGGUCUUUUCAACGGCGACAGCAGUAAACCAAGGACCCUUGCUUCAGCCUCCGCCUUCCCAACCCCUGCCUCGCCCGGGAGGGCCCACACGGGGAGGUGGCCUAGUGGGACCCAGAGCUAUCCUGCCUGCAGGUCUAGCGCCCUUACCAGGAGGGGUGGGGCUAGGGUCAGCUCAGCAGCAGCAACAGUUUUCCCAUGGCCAACCAGGCCAGCAGCUGGUCCAAACUUCGGGGCUUGGGGUGCAAAUGCUGGGUGGCGGUGUCCGCGGGCAACCCUCAGGACAUGGAAUAAGUGGUAUCAGGGCUCUUAUGGGUCCUGGAGGUGCAUUUUCCGCGCUGUCUCGAGGACCACCCCCAAGACAGGGAAUGAUGGGUGCUGACCAAGUCGGAGGGGGCAUGUUUAGAAAUGGAGGGGCGCUGGGGCAUCAAAGAGGGGGAUUCCGACCAGGAAUCAUGAUCGACAGUCGGGGAUCCGUUAUAGCGCCGGGACCUUUUGGCCCACGGAUUCUGCAUCGGCUUGGGCCUAUGGGACAUCCUCCUAUGGGUGGACAUAACAUUGGUCCUUUCUUUGCAGGAGCAUCUGGCUUGAUUGAUCCUAGAGGGAGAGGGUUAGGACAGGGGUCUUCGUCUAUGACAGGCCCAAAAAAUUGAGCACAGAUAGAGUUAGAGAGAGAGAGAGAGAGAGAGAGAGAGAGAGAGAGAGAGAGAGAGAGAGAGAGAGAGAGAGAGAGAGAGAGAGAGAGAGAGAGAGANACUUCGCUUUCAUUUCUUUCUGAGCAUGCUAGUCCAUGCCGCUCGUUUUAGUCUACAGUGAGAUGGGUUGAUGGUGAGGGUACGCCAUGUUUGACAUGGAUUUGAAUAACGUGCCGCUUCUUUUAAAAGGGGAAAGUAGGAGGUGUCUAGGAUGUACCUUUCUAAGCAUUUGUUUCCCAGGUCUGGUAGGAGAUACCUUUCUAAGCCUUUGUUUUCCAAGGUUUCGUAGUUGUAGUUCAUAGGCCAGAACCGGUGCGAAUACUGCGGCGUACACCGUGAAGAAAAUGAUGUAGCAUAGUCUGAGUGCCAUUGAGCUAGCGUAGUCUUGACUGUCAUGGUGCAUAUAUCUCACAGAGUUUCCAACCCCCCCCCCCCCUUCCCGCCCGUCCUGUUCUUUAGACGUCAUCAGCAGCAAACUGCAAACAAAUUGAGACAAUGUAU